UAGGUGGAAAAUUCGUGUGUUUGUGCGACAUAUUUGUUGGCAACAGGCAAAGUUGUCGUGCUCAGUCCUCUCUCUCCCUUGUCUUCCAAACGAGGUUCGCUCGCAGUGGUCAUGUUGUCAUCUCAGUCAGACCAGCCAAGUUCUUGUCUAUCCGAGCAGUUUGUCUUUCUAAGCCUAGGGUAAACAUGGAAAAAUACGAGAAAAUCAAGAUUAUCGGCCGUGGGGCUUAUGGCACCGUUUAUCUCUGUCGACGUAUUUCCGAUGGAUGUCACUUCAUCAUCAAGCAAAUUCCAGUCGAAGAAAUGAGUAAAGAGGAAAGACAAGCCGCUAUGAACGAGGUAGAUGUUUUGAAAAGGCUAACACACCCGAAUAUAAUCUCCUAUUUAGAAAGUUUUUUCGAGGGAAGGGCCUUAAUGAUCGUGAUGGAGUAUGCUCAAGGAGGAACCAUGUUCAGCUUUCUUGAAGAACGGGAAGGGAAGCUUUUGGACGAAGACGAAAUCAUACGACUGUUUGUACAAAUCUUGUUGGCUAUCCAUCAUGUCCACCAACGAAACAUCCUUCACAGGGAUCUCAAAACUCAGAACAUCCUUUUGAACAAGACGAGGAAAAUUGUGAAGAUCGGAGACUUUGGCAUAUCAAAAAUUUUGAGCAGCAAAAGCAAGGCUAACUCUGUUGUAGGUACCCCAUGUUACAUUUCGCCAGAACUGUGCGAAGGUAAACCGUAUAAUCAAAAAAGCGAUAUUUGGGCUCUUGGAUGUGUACUUUACGAGCUGGCCACGUUAAAGAAAGCGUUCGAGGCGACCACUUUGACUGCUUUAGUGAUGAAAAUUAUGAAAGGAAACUUUAUUCCUAUUUCAGAAAGGUACAGUGAGGAUUUCAAGAAGCUUGUUCUCAGCAUGCUUCAAAUUGAUCCCACGAAAAGACCAACCCUCCGACAGAUCAUGGCUCAGCCACUCAUAGUGAAUGCACUGUUUAAUGUGUGCACUGAUGUUGGACGAGUGCCAUGUAACAGAACCCCAAGACCUAUGGCAGGGAUAUCCGGUAAAUUUACAUGCAUCAUUGUACAUUGGAAUCUCAAUCUCUGUUAUAUUUUGUGAGCUGCAGAUCAAUAAACAACAGUCUCCAUUUGGUGCAUAAAUAUGCUAGGGUAUUUGUCCGUGGACAUUCUCCAUUCUAAGGACAAAUAUCCAAGCUUGAUUGGUCUAAACAUAAUACAUGACUGAGUAGGGUAACCCGAAAACA